CUUCUGCUGCCUUCAGGUCCCAGCUGGUGUGAGCUGCAGGGUCUCCAGUGUCACCCUGAUGGUUCCUUCGCCCCGCUGCAGUGUGAUGUCACUUCCUGCUGGUGUGUUUCUGAGGGUGGACAGGAAGUGGCUGGGACUCGGAUACUUCGACGGACGGGACGCACGCCAUCAUGUGACCGUCCUCUUUGUCCUGCCCCCAACAUUACCCAUGGUGCAUUGCUGUGCCGUCCAGGAGCUGCUGGACAACAAAACUGUGACCUCAUCUGUCACCAUGGUUACCAGAACUCACUUCCUGUUAGCAGCUUUGUCUGCAUUGCUGAGAGUCGUCAGUGGGGAGAAGACAGACCUUUGAGAGGAGCCUGUCAGAUCUCUCAGCCUCUGCAGACGGUGUCGUUCUCUCAGCAAUGGGCGCUCCUGCUGUCCUGCUCUCAGACGGACGAUUUAAAGUCAUUGUUGUUCAACAUGCUGACCAGCAGGGGGCUCUGCUCUGCUCAGACCGCAUCCGGCCAAACGGUGGCGCUAUGUGACGAGUCGUCUGUGGGACUGAGAUGUGAUGAUGCCGACUCUGUGACUUUAACGCUCAGGUGGACCGUGGCCCUCGCUGACCUCCCAACCUCUGACCUCCCUGACCUCCAUGAUAUCACGACCUUCUUAAAUGAGUCCAGACUCUUGGAUGGUGUUCAGGGAAUUCUGGGUAACCUCCGCUCCACGCUGACCUCUGAUCCCAAACUGAUUUCCGUGAUGUCACCAAGCUUCGGCUGUUCCCAUGGUUACCACCUGGACAGUGAUGGAGAAGGCUGCCUGGUUUGUCCUGCUGGCACCUUCUUCCAGCAGGGGGCGUGUCUUCCAUGUCCUCAAGGAACCUAUCAGGAGGAACAGGGGCGGGGCUUCUGCAACAAGUGUCCAAGAGGCUCCUCCCCUGCAGGCGCUUCAUCAGCCAAUCAGUGUGAGACGGACUGUGAGAGGCGGGGCCUGCGGUGUUCAGAGCGAGGAGAGUUUCUGCCAGCUCAGCCAGACUUCCUGUCUGGCAGGUGGAAGUGUUUCAGCAGGGAGGGGGCGGAGCUUGACUGGACCACCAGUGAAGAGCCUCUGACAGAUGAGGAUUGCUCAGUUCUCAGAAGGUUCCAGACUGUUCCUGGAUCAGAUCUAAUGUUUGGAAGUGAAAACACUGACGUCCUCAAGACAAUGACCUCUGACCUCACUACCUGUGUCCAUGCCUGUGCUGCAGAGCCGUCCUGCCACCAUGUGGCGCUGUUCGACAGUCAGUGUGAGCUGUACAGCACACACACAAUGAACACCGUCUGCAAUGCCUCCCGGCAGGGCAGCGGGUUUCUGGGUAACCCUGAAGCAGAGCGGUUCCAUCAGCUGAGUUGUUCUCUGAAAGUGAGGGGCGGAGCUUCAGGACGGCUCGUCCUCAGGAAAGACGGGGCGGGGCUUCCCUUGAUGAAGACGAGGAUGAGGAAGGUGGUCUCAGGUGUAUUCAGGACUCAGGUGUUCUCCUCCAGAACCACGUCUCUGUCCGACGCUCAUCGCUUCUGUCAGGACGGCUGCAGCCGGGACGCCUGCUGCGACGGAUUCAUCCUGAACCAGAACGUCCUGGAUGGAGGUUCCCUCCUCUGUGGUUGGCUGAGAGCUCCGUCGGUUCUGAUGUGUGAGGAUCAGGACUGGGACGUGAUUGGACAGGGACCAGCCAAUAGAACCUGUGGGGCGGGGCUUACCUACAACGAACUGCAGCGAAGCUUUUUGUUCGACUUCGGAGGAGAAAAGUUCACUAUCACUGAUGACGCUCUGCCCGCCGACAGCAAGAAUAAAAAGGACUAUCAGGCCUCCAUCAUCAGCUUCCAGGCCAUCUACCUGCACACAGAGUCAGAGGCUGCUGGUUCCGGAUCUUCUUCCUGCCCUGCAGCAGAGCUUCCUGCUCCUCUGAAUGCGUCCGUGCUGCUGAGGUUCCAGCCGCUGUCCAAUGAUGACAUCAUCGUGGAUCCUCAGAGGAAACUCCCCGUUCUCUCCUACUGGCUCAAUAAAAACCACUACAGUUCCCAGCAGGCGCAGCUCUGGUGUCUCACGCGUUGUGAUGAAGAGGAGCAGUGCGCUGUCGCCGACCUCAGAGAUGCAGAAUCAGAUGUUUUCUUCCGCUGCUCUUUGCACCCUGACACCAGAGUCUGUGGAGCCUACGACCAGCCAAGAAAACAAUCCUGCCGCCCCCUGCUGGCCGGGUUACCAAACAACACCUACAGCAAGCUGGUGGAUCUGAGCGGUCCAGUUCAGAGUUUCUAUGAACGGGUUCCCUUCCAGAAGAUGGUCUCCUACUCUGUGAGGAACCGGGUCACCCUGAGAGACACCCGACAACUGUCAGAGAGGUUCAUGGACUGUGAGCGCCGCUGUGACCAGGACCCCUGCUGCCGUGGUUUUGGGUUCGUCCGUGAGACCCAAUCAGGAGAUCUGGUGUGUCUACCUCUGAUCAGUCUGGGAGUUCAAACUUGCAGCGAAAACGACACCACGACCUGGAGGAUACAGGACUGCACACAGUCCGAUGCAGAGACCACGCCGGAACCAUUCGGCUGGUACCAGAAACCAGUCAAUCAGUGGACGUCUUCUCCAGACCUGUGCCCCACGUUCAGCCUCAGGAACCCCAGGAACAACGUCUCGAUGGAUGAUUGGCGGCUCCUCUCCGACUCUUUGCUUCUGGUUGAUUCGUCUCUCUCCACCUAUAACGUCAUCCACGUGAGCCGUGACAUUGCCACCGACCAGGAAAAGACCAGAAACUGGUGUCUCCAUGCCUGCCAGGAGGCGGAGUCUUGUGUCACCGUGUCAAUCAGCGACGCUGAGUCCGCUGUACGCUGCAUCCUGUACCCCGAUACCACAACCUGCGGAUUAGGCUCCGCCCCUGGCUCCUCUGGCUCAGCCGCCUCAUGCAGAUUAGUGAUCAGAGAGCCCGCCCCUCAGGUCUACCUGAUGACAGAGCGAUCAGCACAGGCUACAUCCAUCUUUGUUCCCGGUCAUGGGAUGCUGCAGGGCGUCACCAUGGAAACAACAGUUGGUUCAGACAUAAGGAAAGUGAUUCAGUUCCUAGGAGUCCCGUAUGCCCGGCCACCAAUAGGACCACUUCGCUUUGAGGCGGCGCAACCAGCUGAUUGGACAGGAACAUGGGACGCCACCAAACCAAGGGCCAGCUGCAUCCAGCCUGGCGAUGACGAGUCCAGAGCUUCCAGUGAGGAUUGCCUCUACCUGAACAUCUUCACACCUGCUGCUCUGAGGGGACGUGUCCCGGUUCUUGUUUACUUCUUCAACCCUCCAAGCAACCAGAACCUGCUGGAUGGCUCCGCCCUCGCCGCUCUGGGCAACAUCGUCGUGGUUACAGCCAGCUAUCGGACCGCGGCGCUGGGUUUCCUGACUGCAGGUGAUCUCCAUGGUAACUACGGCCUGUCGGACCAGCAGGCGGCACUUCGUUGGGUCAAUGCCCACAUUUCCCUGGUUGGCGGAGACAACAGGAGUGUGACAGUGGGGGCAGAGCGUCGCGGUGCUGACAUCAGCAGCCUUCAUCUUCUUUCCUCUGCUCCUUUGUUCCAGCGAAUGAUCCUGAUGGGAGGUUCCGUUUUCUCUCCAUCUUUGGUCCAAACUCCUGCCGCCUCCAGAAGGCAGGCGAUCGGAUUGGCUCGAGAACUGGGUUGCGUGAACUCUGACCUCAUUGACGAAGGUCUAAUGGUCGCCUGCCUCAGAUCGACUCCUGUCCACAAACUAAAUGCCGCUCAGACCAAACUGUUGGCGGUGAGCGGUCCGUUCCAGUCCUGGUCUCCAGUCCAGGGUUCUGUCUCCGAGUCCACCUCCUUCCACAGAGUUGAUUUGUUGCUGGGAACAUCGGAGCAUGAUGGUCUGAUCAGCAGGGCUCGAAGGAUAAAGGACUUUGAGGCUCUGCAGGGUCGAGCUGAUGGGAAGACGGCGUUCUACGAGGCUCUGAGCCGGUCCCUGGGUGGAGCAUCAGGAAAUGAGCUGUUGAAGGAGGCGGCAACCUGGUUCUACUCUCUGGAUCACAACCCGUCAGCCGCUGGUUACAACCUGUUCUCCAGAGCGCUCAACAACGCCACCAGAGAUCAGUUCAUCAUCUGUCCCUCAGUGCAGAUGGCUCGCCACUGGGCCGCCAGUGGAGCCAACGUCUUCCUGUACCACCAACCCGCCUCCAGCGCUCAGGACAGAGCCGAUAUCUCCGUUCCUUUGGACGUUCAGUUGAUGUUUGGGGUUCCACUUCAGCCAAUCAGCUCUCAGCGUUUUACCUCCUCAGACCGCCGCCUUUCUUUGGCUGCCAUGACCUACAUCUCCAGCUUCACGCGGACCGGGAACCCGAACCCAUCCCGUGUGUGGAUGGACUCAGUUCUGCCUCGCUGGCAGCCGGUCUCCACCUCUGAUGCUCCACCCACCUACCUGGAAUUAAGCCCCGCCCUCCAGCAUCGACAGGGUCUGAGGCAGAACUCCUGUUCUUUCUGGAGCCAACUGGGAACCAGACUGACCAGUCAAACAGGUUACAGUGAGUCGGGGGCGGAGCCCGUCCAGACCGCGUUGACCCCUGAGCUCCCACUGGCUGCGCCCUCCAGCCAAUCACUGACAAAGAAGGACGCCUACAACUGAUGUCAUCAUCAGCAAAGAAGACAGAAAAUCACUCUACAUUUCCCAUAAUUCAGUUUGAUUCACACGUUUCUGCGGCUCUUUUCUGUUCCCAAUCAUCAAUAAA